AUGGCAUCCUUAAUUCUCUUUUUAACUCUCGUUAUUCAUCUUGAAAUUGUGUUGGUGGUUGAUGUCAUCAAAGGAGAACCUCUAGUUCCAGCAUUAUUUGCAUUUGGAGACUCAAUUGUUGAUGUUGGAAAUAACAACUAUUUAGCAACCGUGGCUAAAGCAAAUUUCUUUCCUUAUGGAAGAGACUUUGUAAGUCACUCUCCAACUGGAAGAUUUUCUAAUGGAAAGGUUGUCUCAGAUUAUACAUCUGAAUUAUUUGGAUUUCCCUCAUACCAACCGGCUUACCUUAGUCUAACUACUAAAGGAAACAAUCUUUUGAACGGUGUCAACUUUGGCUCGGCUGGAUCUGGUUACUAUGAGUUCACAGCGAAAAAAUAUCAAGUACUUACAUUAAGCCAACAACUAAACUACUACAAGGAUUACCAAAAAGAAUUGGUGAAAAUAGCUGGACAAUCAACUGCACUAUCAAUUAUAUAUGGUUCAAUAUAUUUUGUUAUUAGUGGGUCUGCUGAUUUUGCCCUAAAUUAUUACACAAGUCCAGUUCUCCAAACAAUUUACACACCUUAUCAAUUUUCAGACAUUCUUUUGCAAAACUACUUUAAUUUCAUCCAGGAUUUAUAUGCACUAGGAGCAAGGAAGAUUGCUGUGUCAACAUUACCUCCUAUAGAGAAAUUACUACAAAAAUUUCCAAAGCUUAGACUCAUCAUCCUUGAUACCUACCAAUCUCUCUAUAAACUUAUCACCAAACCUUCUGAUUAUGGAUUUUUUGAGUCAAGGAGGGCAUGUUGUGGGACAGGAUUGCUAGAAGUUGCUAUUUUUUGCAAUCGAAUUUCUGUUGGAACAUGUACCAAUGCAUCGGAAUAUGUAUUUUGGGAUAGUUUUCAUCCCACUGAAGCUACAAACAAGUAUUUGAUUGAUUAUUUGGCUCCUACUUUAAUCUCUUUCAUACAAACUUAA